UCUUCCUUGAUAUUCACCAAAAUGAGCAGUGGUUGCCAAAGCCAGUGUUCAACAGGUGGUGGUGGUGAUGUUGGCAGUCUCAUAACAAGAUCAAUGUUUGAUCAAAUGCUUAAGCACAGAAACGAUGAUGUUUGCCCUGCCAAGGGCUUCUACACCUAUGAUGCUUUCAUUGCAGCUGCUAUGGCGUUUCCUGAAUUUGGUACAACUGGUGAUGAUGCCACCCGGAAAAGGGAAAUUGCUGCUUUCAUGGCCCAAACUUCCCAUGAAACUACUGGUGGGUGGGCUAGUGCUCCAGAUGGUCCUUAUGCUUGGGGAUAUUGCUUCAUCAAAGAACAAAACCCUGGAUCAUCUUAUUGUGCCCCUGAUCCAAACUAUCCUUGUGCUCCUGGAAAGCAGUACUUUGGUAGGGGUCCAAUUCAACUUUCUUGGAACUACAACUAUGGGCAGUGUGGGAAAGCCAUCGGGGUGGACCUAUUGAACAACCCAGAUCUGCUCACAACUGAUGCGGUGAUAUCCUUCAAGUCAGCAAUUUGGUUUUGGAUGACACCACAGUCACCAAAGCCUUCGUGCCAUGAUGUGAUAACUGGAAGAUGGUCACCGUCUGGAAGUGAUCUGGUAGCUGGAAGGGUUUCGGGGUAUGGCUUGUUGACAAAUAUCAUCAAUGGUGUGCUUGAAUGUGGUCAGGGUUGGAAUGCAAAGGUAGAGGAUAGGAUUGGAUUCUACAAGAGGUACUGUGACAUGCUGGGAAUUGAUUGUGGCAAUAAUCUUGACUGCUACAACCAGAGGCCAUUUGGGUCUUGAGUCUUGGUAAUCAACCAAGACUCUAGACCUAAAAGGAUACUAUGUAAAACGUGACAGAACAAUAAUGUCUCCAAUUUUGCUUGUUGGAGCCUAUCAUUUCUGUUUGUCUGAACUAUGAAGUAGGUGAAGUGUUGGUGUGAGAGAAUAAUCAAAAUAUGUUCUCUGAAAUGCCAUUUUUCUAUAAGAACAACUCAUUUUUAUGCAUUAGGCAACGUGUGAAGAUGUCAA